AAUAUCUGUCCAAAUAAUAAAUAUCGAAGCAGAUUUUGCGUUUGGAUGUGGAUAUUUAUAUUUGAAAGGCUUGUUUUAAAAUAACUUUAUCACAUUUUAAAAUGAUGGAUGUAAGUGGUCAUCAAGUAUUCGGAAAGCUUUGUGAUAAGCUUGAAAAUGCGGAUAUAACAUACCAGAAUUUUGUAAAAACAGCAGCAAAAUAUCACUUCCAAUUGAAAGCUGUUAUACAUGAUAUAUCAAAAUGCAAUAAUUCAAUGGAAAAAUUGAAUGAGUUAAAUGAAAAGGGAAGGACAGUUAUCACAAAUUUAAGGGAGCUCUUGGAAAAAUUAGACUUGCAUGCAAAGGAAACUGGAGAUCAAAAAUUUGUUCUAGAAUUGGAGUCUCAGCGGCAUCUGCAAGCAUGUCUCGUCAAAGAGUUCAAGGAAGCAAAUAUUAAUAGUAUGCUAGAGAUUGAAAAGGUGCAACGAGAAGAGUUAAUGAAGGCACCAGAGGGAGAGCAAUCUGUGCUCCGGUUGAGAAAUAAAAAAGUAGAUAGAGAUGGAUUGCUUAAAGUCUCAACGGGGGUGACCGAACAGCUACUAACAAUAAGCCGCCAGCUGGCAGCUACAACACAGCGGAGUCAGGACACACUUGAUAAUCUUGUUUCAUCGAGCACAACUGUUCAUGGCACACAAUCAGAGUUACAAAACACCAGUAGCACAAUCCAACAAUCCAGUAAACUGCUCAAGAAGUAUGGCCGCAGAGAAUUCACAGAUAAAGUCAUAAUUUUCUUUGCUGCUCUGUUCUUUCUAGCUGUUUGUCUAUAUAUACUACAAAAAAGGCUAUUUUAAUGUAGAAUAUCAUUCUAAUUUCACUUUUUAAAUCCACUUCUGAUGUGUUUCCAUUAUUAGGUAAAUGGCUGUUUUGAGGGUACAAGGACUGGUUAGUUACACAAUAAUUAUGUAUGAUGUAAAUUCAUGGUCAUAAUGUGCAGUUGUUAGGGUCUAGGACCUCAAUUUUUGUAUAAAAUAUACCUAUUAUACCUAUUGCUAUAUUUACAAUACAAUUUUGUAAUGUUUAAGACUUAAAAAUAAAAAGCGUGUAAAUAGCUGGUAGUCACUAUCAGAUUUGUUUGAUUGCAAUUGUAAUUAUGAAUGUAUGUAAUCUUAAAUGUAAAUAUGUGAUAUUUAAUUAUUUG